AUGGGAAAAAACCAGGGACAGUAUUGUAGAUACCAUCGAACCAGGGGGCAUUCCACUGAUCACUGCAGAGAAUUGAAGAAUCAGAUUGAGAUGCUCAUUUAUGAGGGGCACUUGCAAAGAUAUGUGAGAAACGAGGAAGAAGAAAAUAGGGAACCCCGGCAAAGCGGAGAUAGACGUGAUGGGCAUGAAAGGCCAAACCCGGGGCAACAAGAGAGAGGAGGAGAUCGUCGGCAAGAUAUUCAUGUAGACAAUGAACCGACUCAACAGGCCAUUCACGUUAUUUCAGGUGGGGAAACCCUAGGUGGGGACACAUCAGCAUCCCGUAAACCAUACGCCCGUCAAGCCUACCAAGUAAACUCAGUAAUGGAGAUGAAGAAAGUAUCCUCACCUCUAUAUAGCUUCACUGGAGAAGCGGUUCCAGUUGCAGGAUCAAUUGAGCUGCUUAUCACAUUAGAUGAAUCUCGAGAUAUCUCAAUAAAGGAACAAAUGUCUACUGUUUUGCGUUAUGCGAAUAAAAUGGGACAUGUAGUUGAACGGUUCAUUGGGGUUGAACAUGUUUCCACUGUAGCAAAGAAACAUGUGCAAGUUACUUGGCUCUUUAAUUUGGUUUCUAGAGUGGUUAAUAUUGUUGGAGCGUCAUCGAAGCGUUGUGAUCUUUUGCGAGAGAAACAAGAAGCUGUAAUUUUUGAAGCACUCCAUAAUGGUGAGAUUUCAAGUGGCCGGUGUCUUAAUCAACAAAGUACUAUUACUCAUUUUGGUGAUACUCGUUGGGGAUCGCAUUAUGGUACUUUGAUUAGUUUGAUUUCCAUGUUCUUGCCUAUAGUUGAUGUUCUUGAAAUGAUUGUUGUUGAAGGAUCUACUGAACAAAAAUGUGAGGCAGAUGAUUUUUUGGACUCAAUACAAUCAUUUGAAUUUGCUUUUAAUCUACAUCUCAUGAGAACCAUCUUAACGAUUUCAAAUGAAUUGUUCAAGGCAUUACAAAGAAAAGAUCAAGAUAUUGUAAAUGCUAUUACUUUAGUGAAAAUAUGCAAACAAAGACUCCAAGUGAUGAGGGACAAUGAGUGGGAUUUGUUUUUGAAAGCAGUGGUUUCUUUUUGUGAAAAGUAUAAUAUUGAUGGUCCCGACAUGGAUGGUGUUUUUAUAUGCCGAGGUCGUUCACGGCGUAACACUGAAGAAAUGACAAAUUUGCAUCACUUUCGUGUGGACUUGUUCUAUGCUAUCAUUGAUAUGCAACUUCAAGAAUUGAAUGACCAUUUUUAUGAGGUUAGUACUGAGUUACUUCUUUGUAUAGAAUGCUUAUGCCCAAAUGAUUCAUUUUCUGCUUUUGACAAAGAAAAAUUAAUUCGUCUUGCUGAGUAUUAUCGUGAAGAUUUUUCAAGAGUAGAGCUCAUGGCAGUUGAUGAUCAGCUUCAAACUUAUAUUUUUGAUAUACGAUCCAACAAAGAGUUUGAAGAAUUAGGGGGACUUGGUGAACCUGGACAGAAGUUGGUUGCGAUGAAAAACAAUAUAGUGUAUCCAUUAGUUUAUAAGCUUGUGACUUUGGCAUUAACUUUUUCGAUUUCCACUGCUACAGUUGAAAGGGUAUUUUCUACAAUGAAUAUCAUGAAAAAUCGAUUGCGUAGUAGGAUUGGAGACCAAUGGAUGAAUGAUAGCUUAGUUGUGUAUGUUGAAAAAGAUGUAUUUAACAAAAUUGAUAAUGAGGUCAUUAUGCGACGUUAUCAAAGUAUGAAAAGCCGCAAACAACAAUUGUAA